AUGCGUCCACUAUUAUUUUUAUUACUCCUCGGUUUCGGUUUCUUUACACGUGCAGAGCCGUCUUCUUUGCCGGCCUUGGUGCCCACAAACGCCGACAAAGUGUUCACUAUGCUCCAAAAGGGUGCUGAGCAUAAAAGAGAACUCGAGAUCAAAAAGAACCAGUUGUACCAGAGUAUAGAAGCAGUGCAUGGAACUAAGAGAGAAGAAUUGUUUGCAUUGGCAGGCGUCAAACUAGACGACUUUGAGGCGUUUGAGUCGUUUGUUCUCGGUAUACUUCAGGUCUACGACCAAACAGUCAGCCAGCUUCCUUUCAAAUCCUCGUAUGAUUUUCGAAGUCCAGCCCUUACUUUGGCAUUCGAUUUCCAAAGAGCAGUCAAAACAUCGCACCAGAAAUAUAAAUCAGUCGCAAACACGGUCCAUCAAUUUCAUGCAACAGGCGAUGAACAAAAGGAGUUGAUGAUGCAAGUGAUUAGUGAUAUGCUGAAAGAAGUAAGCGAUAAUGCGGAUCAAUUGGAAAAAGACAUGAAACAGAGCACCAUGUUUUCACUUGAUGAUGCAAGAAUUGAAACUGUACUCAAGUUACAAGACAAUUUAGUCGACCAAGACAAUAAUGAAUAUGUCAUGACAAAACCUUUUGAUGCUACUGUCAUUGUGGAAGAUACUCGACUCAUUUAUGACUUUAUUCUCUUACUUGUCAGUUGCUUUGUGUUGGGUUGGAUGUUUACAUGGAUUGGAUUACCAGCAUUUUUCGGUUAUAUUUUGGCUGGUGUUUUGGUGGGACCCUCAGGCUAUAAUCUUGUACAGGAAAUUAUUCAAAUCGAAACACUUGCUCAAUUAGGUGUUGUGUUUAUCAUCUUUGUCCUUGGCCUUGAGUUUUCUUUAGAAAAGAUAAAAAAAAUGUGGCAAUUAGCACUUGGUGGAGCAAUGACUAUUUUGUUUGUUACUGUCUUGUUCUUUGUGCUGAUGGGAUGGAUAGUUGGUGCAGACACAAAAGAAGCUGUGUUUGUAGGUGCUUGUGUCAGUUUGAGUUCCACGGCUGUUGUUGUGAAAUGUAUUCGACUCGAUCAAUUCGAUCAUUUAUAUGGUUUACUUGUCAUGCAAGAUGUCUUGUUGGGCUUUAUGCUGGCGAUCAUCCCAGCCCUCUCUAAAUCAGGGAUCCAAGUAGUGUUUGCAGUCAUGAGAAUAGCUAUCUCAUUCGUUAUUUUUGGCUUGGUUUGCUUUGCCAUUGUUCAACUCAUACCUUUUGUUCCCCGUGUACUACGACGUACGAUCCCUGCGAUUCAAAAAAACCAUGAGCUCAUGCUUUUGGGCACCAUUGCUGUCUGCAUGACGAUGCUUGUCAUUUCCGAGCAUUUAGGUUUAGGCAUGGAACUUGGCUGCUUUGCUGCUGGUGUGAUUGUUCGCUCUCGAAAGGGCAUGUUUGAAACAUCCCUCACGGUCAUUGAACCUGUACGAGACAUGUUUGCCUCUUUGUUCUUUGCGGCCAUUGGACUUCACAUCUAUCCCCAAUUUCUUGCUUCAGAAGCCAUGUUGCUAUUGACACUUGCAGGUGGCGUUAUUGGAUUCAAGUAUAUUGCGACAUGCAUUAUUUUGUAUUUAUUCAAAUUUGAUAUCCACAAAUCUUCAAUUAUGGCUAUUGCAUUGGCACAAAUCUCUGAAUUUGGGUUUGUGCUUGCUUCUCGAGGUAAACAGCUAUCGAUUAUUUCGCGUGAGGUAUAUUAUCUCUUGUUGGCCACAACCUCUAUUACAUUAAUUGCCACCCCUCUUUUGUUGAAAAUGACAACAAAAACACAUCGUCAUGAUCACACUGAACACGCACAUCAAAACUCAAGCCACGAUGUCAUUUCCAUUGGGUUUACUGAUACAGAAAAACUCGCUUGA